AUGGAAACAAUAACCAGCACAAUUGCAGUGUUCUCUGCAGCAUUUCUUGGGAUUUGGGUAUGGAAAUUCUUGAACUGGGUUUGGUUCAAUCCAAGGAAGGUAGAGAAAUACCUCAGGCAACAAGGUCUCAGUGGAAACUCGUAUAGGUUAUUCUUUGGAGACCUGAAAGAAGGUAAAAUUGCCUUUACAUGGGUUGGGCCAAGAUCAGCUGUGUUCAUCAAUGAUGCUGAAAUCGUUAAGGAGAUUUUCUCAAAGCCUUACAAUUUUCUGAAGCAGGAGAAUUAUCAUAUAGUUAAGCUUCUAAUAAAAGGAUUAGCAGCAGCUAACAAAGACAAAUGGUCGAGACACCGUAAAAUCAUCAACCCUGCUUUCCACCUUGAAAAGCUUAAGAUUCAGGUACCAAUAUUUUACUCAAGUUGUUGUGAUAUGGUGAGCAAAUGGGAGAAGAUUGUCUUAGAAAAAGGGUCAUAUGAGUUGGAUUUGUGGCCCAAUCUUGAAACUUUGACUUCUGAUGCACUUACACGAGCUGCAUUUGGUUCAAACUAUGAAGAAGGUAAAAAGGAGCAAGGUUUGGGUAAAGACGCGGUCUUGAGGCCCCUAUCCAAUGAGGAGGAUGUUUCGUCCUCUAUCCCAAAGCCGGUGAAGGAAAAUAAAAGGAAGAGAGUCUCGGUUCCCGAAUAUCCAAAAUCGAAGAAGAGGACGGCUCAAAAAGAAGAAGAAGAGAACAAUGAGUCCGCGCUGGCGGUCCAAACGAAGAGAGCUAUCGAUGCCUCAUCGCCGGCUGGAUCGAUGAUGCUCUAUGAGGCUCCGCCUCGAACUGAAGAUAUACCGGAGAAAGAUUCAGGUCGAGUCCCCGAACUAUCGGAUGUCGAAGAUGCCUCUCGUCGGAGUCAACCGGCAGGGGAUACGAUCGAAGAUCCCCUUGAACCCCUCCGAGCCAAGGGGAAUGCUCCAAGCGAGUCAUUUGGGGCAGCAGCGAUCGAGGAUUCGCCUACCUUUCCCGCUUUUUCUGCAGGGGACGUUGCUGGUGCCGGUGAUGAAUCGGUUCUUUUUCACGGUAUGCGGCAGGCUUUGAAUCAGGUCAAUAUGGUUCUACUUGAGACUCUAAGGCUAUAUCGACCAGGAGUUAUGUUUUCACGUGUGCUUGACGAAACAACCAAAUUGGGAAAUAUAACUUUACCUACUGGAGUUCAAAUCUGCAUACCUACACUUUUCAUGCAUCGAGACAAAGAAAUAUGGGGCAAUGAUGCUAAUGAAUUCAACCCAGAAAGAGUUAGUGAAGGUGUUGCAAGUGCAACAAAUGGAAAAUUUGGUUAUUUCCCAUUUGGCUAUGGUCCUCGAGUAUGCAUUGGACAAAACUUUGCUAUGUUGGAAGCUAAAGUCGCACUUGCAACAUUUUUGCAAAAUUUCGCCUUUGAACUUUCCCCAUCUUAUGCACAUGCUCCUUUUCUUGUGGUGACACUCCAAGCUCAAUAUGGAGCACAAGUAAUAUUACGUAACUUGUAA